AUGGGGAACUGUUGCUCCCAGAGCAGCACAGACGAUGCUGCUGCUCCUGAAAAUAAUGCCGAAAAUGGAGAAUCUGAGCCUAAAACUGGAGAGAGUGCUACCACACCCCCUAGGACUACCCCUCCUUCAGCCUCUCCUAAUCAUUCCACCAAGCCCUCAAAGCAGGCUCCAGUUGGGCCGGUUUUAGGCCGUCCAAUGGAGGAUGUUAGGUCAUUGUAUACCAUUGGAAAAGAACUUGGAAGAGGGCAAUUUGGCGUUACACAUUUGUGCACCAACAAACAAACAGGUGAGCAAUUUGCAUGCAAAACCAUUGCCAAGAGGAAGCUUGUAAACAAGGAGGAUAUCGAGGAUGUUAGAAGGGAAGUCCAGAUCAUGCAUCACUUGACAGGCCAGCCUAAUAUUGUGGAACUUAAGGGAGCAUACGAGGAUAAACAUUCAGUUCAUCUGGUGAUGGAGUUGUGUGCUGGAGGAGAGCUGUUUGAUCGGAUUAUUGCCAAGGGACAUUAUACCGAGCGAGCUGCUGCAUCUUUGCUCAGAACUAUUGUUCAGAUUGUGCAUACAUGCCAUUCUAUGGGUGUCAUUCAUAGGGAUCUCAAGCCUGAGAACUUCCUUCUCUUGAACAAGGAUGAGAAUGCUCCUCUCAAGGCCACAGAUUUUGGUCUCUCUGUUUUUUACAAGCAAGGAGAUAUGUUCAAAGACAUCGUGGGAAGUGCCUACUACAUUGCACCGGAAGUCUUGAAGAGAAGAUAUGGACCUGAAGUGGAUAUCUGGAGUGUUGGGGUUAUGUUAUACAUUCUUCUUUGUGGAGUCCCUCCUUUCUGGGCUGAGUCUGAGAAUGGCAUAUUCAAUGCAAUUUUACGUGGCCACGUGGAUUUUACAAGUGAUCCAUGGCCUUCAAUUUCAUCCGGAGCAAAGGAUCUUGUAAAGAAAAUGUUGACUUCUGAUCCCAAGCAGAGACUUACAGCAGUUCAGGUCCUAAAUCAUCCAUGGAUCAAGGAAGAUGGAGAAGCACCUGAUACGCCUCUUGAUAAUGCUGUUUUGGCCAGGCUCAAGCAGUUCCGAGCCAUGAACAAAUUCAAAAAAGUUGCUCUUCGGGUUAUUGCAGGUUGCCUAUCGGAGGAAGAGAUCAUGGGACUAAAGCAAAUGUUCAAGGGCAUGGAUACUGAUAAUAGUGGUACAAUUACACUCGAGGAACUGAAGCAAGGAUUGGCUGAGCAAGGGACUAAGCUAUCAGAAUAUGAAGUUAAACAAUUGAUGGAAGCAGCUGAUGCAGAUGGGAAUGGGACCAUAGAUUACGAGGAGUUCAUUACCGCGACAAUGCACCUGAAUAGAAUGGACAGAGAAGAGCACCUUUACACUGCCUUCCAAUACUUUGAUAAGGACAAUAGCGGGUACAUUACAAUAGAAGAAUUAGAGCAAGCUCUCCGGGAUUUUGGAAUGAGUGAUGGGAAGGAUAUAAAGGAAAUCAUUUCUGAAGUUGAUGCUGAUAAUGAUGGCCGAAUAAACUAUGAUGAAUUUGUGGCCAUGAUGAAGAAAGGCCAACCAGAUGCACCAACCAACAUAAAGAAGAGGCGGGAUGUAUUUGUUUCAUAA